AUGACAGAAGAUACCGAUCCUGUCGCUGCUACAGUAGAUAUGAUGACUUUGAAGUCCCAGCCGAAUACAUUGAAGAAGAAGCCCGGGGUUAUCGGGGAAGCCGCAAAAGAGAGACCCAAGCAAGAAGCGACAGCAAAAGCGGCCGCGGCAGCAGCAAUAGCUACAGCUACAUCUCUACCUACGUCUCCGGCUCCUGAGCAAAAACAAACAGAGCCAAAGCAAACCGAAGAAGCUCUCGCCAUACCAAAACAGCCCGAACCUUCUUCCUCCUCCCCCGGUGAACUCGCAACCGAAAACGCCGCCCUCCGCGAGCAAAUCUCUCGCCUCCAACACGACCUUCACGAAGCCCAGGACCUCAUAUUCAGCCUACAGCCUCUCCAACAGCCGCUCACAGAAACCGAAGCCGUCUCCGAAUUCCAAGCCCUCAUCGCCUCCGUCGAAGAAUGGGUCGACCAGAAGCUCGGCGACGCUCUUGAACCCGACAAUGAUGUUUCAAACGACACCGAAACCAGAGACGAAACCAACACUGAGGGCUCCCACAGUGAAGGCGGAGGAGGCAACCUCGUCUUUCAGGUCGACCCUCAAUCGACCCCGCGCGUCAUGAAAGAAAUUCAAUCCCUUCUCGACCUCAUCCCCAGUCCCGGCCGCGCCGCAUUCGCAUACCAUGCUACAGAUGUUGACGUAGUCCAAGCGCUGAUUAUGCGCUAUCUCAGCGACGCAAUCUUCUCGCAGGACUUCUACUGUCCGCUACCCAAGGCCGAGCGGGAACUCGUUACGGUCGUCGAGAGAAGUAUGCGCACUCUUACCCCGCGACGGGAUACGCGGUCGAGACGACAUUGGCGGGUUGAAACAUAUACGGCGCUCAGUGCGCGGCCUGGGUUCGACCAGUAUGCGACGAACCGGAUGUGGGAUCUUACGUAUGACAUCACGCGGUUGCUGAGGUUAUUCGCCUCCGAAGGCGAUGGGCAGAAGCUGGCGAAGAGUUUCUUUGAAGGGAUUACGAAGCCGGCAUCUGAGCUCGCACGGAAGAUGCAUCUGAGUUUCGAUGAGUUUGCCGUGGAAUGGAGCGGAUAUCAUGAUCGUGUUGGAGAGUGCGAGCGGCUGUUCCAGGACGGGCCUUUGGAAGGAGGGACAGAGUUCGAGUUUGUGGAGCUGCAGUCUAGGAAGACAUUGAGGGAGAUGCCUGGGAAGGAUGCACGGUGGAUGUUUGACUUGACGCCGCGGCUUGUGGUGAGGAAGCUGAAGGCUGAUGCAUAUGCUGAGGCGAGGACGCUGGUGAAGCCAAGGAUCCUCAUUUCAAACCGGCUGAAGGAGAAGAACGGGGCCUUGACGGUGCUGGGAACAUUGGAGAGGUGGCUCCAGGAACAGUACUACACGCAGGCGAGGCAGAGGGAGAGCCGUUCAGGCUCUAGGAUUCUUUCUUAUCUAUCUGGCAUGUAA